AUGUACAGCCCAUCAUUGGAUUUCUCCAAUAGUAAUGACUCGCUCUUUGCUGAAAGCUCAUCUCAGAGUUUUUUCUCAUCAUUCUCUUCAACUAAUAUUACUAACGAUUCUACUUCAAUUAGUAAUAAUAAUAAUACCACUUCUACUUCUUCAUGCAAGGAUAUGAAUGACUUUGCAGAUUCGUUUCAUGAAUCCCCUCAAUCACAACAACAAUCUGCUGAUCUUGUAUCUUUCAAAAUAAUUGAACCUGCUGAUGAUCCCAACAUGACGUUUCUCGAUCAUGGUGAUGAGACCUUUGAAGAUUCUUCAACAGAUUUGAGAAGAAACAAGGAGGAGGAAGAAUCUGUUCCUUCUUUCCACGAACUUGGUGCUUGGAUUCAACAGUUACCACCACCACCAACAACAACAACUUGUCCUUCUUCUUCUUCUUGUGCGUAUUCGUCUUCUUCAUUGGUGAUUGCUAAUUCAGUGACUCCUCAAGAAGGUAUUUACAUUCAUAGUGGUAGUAGUAGUAGUCGUCGUUGCGAGAAGCAAUCAUCAAGAAAGAAGAACAAGAAGAAGGGACAACCUCUUCAAGCAACAAACUCCAGACAGACAAAGAAGAACAAGUCUCUGAAAAGUGAACUCUCCAAAGGACAAGAAACCCUCACGAGAGCCUGA